UUCUUCCUACUAUUACUACUACUGUUCCGAACUUCCAUGUAACGUGAAUGGACACGACGUCGGAUCUCUCAAGUCAAGUUUAAGAUAUUGUUUCUAUGGUGAUCAUUAUAUAAGUAUGGUACAUCAUCCAGAAACUGUCAUAGUACCAUGGUUUUCAAGACAAGAAUGGCUAGAAGUUUAUCGCGGUAUCCAUGGUAAUGAUGUUGAGCGCUGGAAGGAAGCAAGAGAUUGUAUGCUGGUUUGGCAAGCAAGAGUGAGUAAAUUGCCAAUAGGAGUUGACCUCACAUUGCCACUGCUUCAGUCAAAAAUUGUUAGUGCUGACCCUUUUUUGGACAGUGAUGUAAAAUCUAUAAUGCAAGGAACAGCUCUCCAGAGAUUUGUAAGUAAUGUUGUAAAACUGCCGCAAAAGAAAUAUUACAAUCAUCAGACCCUUCAUAAAUUGGCUGCUGAAAUAGGAUUACCAGGACAUCUUGUUGACCUUCGAAAUGAGAUAAUUCAUGGGGAUUCAGGGUAUGCUGGAGGAUGUACUGUAGAAACAGCUCUUGAAACUUCCUUCAUGUGGAUUAAGAAUUACUACUGGUACCCGGAAUCAACUCAGAUGAAUGGCAGGACUGCAAAGAGGCACCAGAAUCCCUCUAGGGAACUGGAAGUGCUUCAUGAAAAAAAAAAGUCUGAACAAGUACUUUCACAUAAUUUUUUUUUUUAUCUGCAGGCAAUGAGAAAAAUGGAUAAAUGUGGAUGUUUCUUUAACUUUCAUGCUAUUAAAGGUAUCGAUACCUUUUUGAAAGCUAUUCUUAUAAAUAAUGGAUCAACUCAGUUAAUGCUUAAUUCUCUUCUAAGAAAAUUGCAAGAAAACAAGGAGGUUGCUUCGGCGUGGAUCAUUUUAAUUGUUGCUUCCAUACUUAAAGGCCCAACCCUGAAAGGGAAAAAAGGAAAGAAUGGAAUUUGCCAAAGACAUUUCCUUAGCUUGCAGAAGAAUGGUGUAAAUUGGAAGAGAAUAGCAUGUAAGUUACUGACACUAGAGGAAGAAUGGUCAGUAGAUUUAGCAACCAAAAUUAUGAAUUCUUCUGAGAGCAACAUAUCUGAAGUACAAAUAAAGAAAAUCAUGAGUUUAUUGGAUAUUUCUGCGUGCAAGGAGCAAGAUAGGAAGAGUGAUAGAAUACAUGACAUAUCCAGUGAGACCUCUGAUGACGAACUGUUUAAUGUAGAAUCAGUGUUAGAAUCCGUCUAUGAGAACAAGACCGAGACAUGUGAUGAAUCGGGAAAAGUGCAAGUAGCUUCUCUCUUACAUGAAGCAGGUGCCAUGACUCCUCUGGGCAUUCUUCCACAUCAGAUUGAUAAUAAGCUGUUCUACAAAGAUUUACUCCUUCACUACCCAGAUGAACAAGAUUUUGAGCCUCCUCCAAAACGGUUAAAAACUUAAUGAUCAUUUUUUAAUAGUGUCUUCUUUAUCAAAGCAAUAUAAGCAAUAGAACCUC